ACCUCAGCGGUGACGUCACCGGGCGCUGACCCUGCGAAGAGACUCUGCUGAUCAGAAAAGUUAAAAUCUCUCGCUCAUGUGUCUCUGAUUAACGAACAGUGACACAUCCAGCAACACCUGUCACUCUCAACGUGACGCAAUUAAACUACCUGUCACGCUCAUCAGUCGGGCUGUAUAAUGAGGUGGUUUGCUUUGUUUUCUUUAUAAUGUGACAGCAGAGGAGGAUUGAAGCACAAAUCAAAGACAAGCUGCAGCCUGCAGGAGAGCAACACACCAAUUAAACAGAUUCAACAAUGUCUCUCAUUGUCUCAUUACUUGUGGUGACAUUAGUCAGCCAGUGUUGGAGUGCACCACAGCGGAGAAACUGGACCCCUCAGGCCAUAUUAUACCUGAAAGGAGCACAGAGACACCGCUCAGUGUUGGAGCGCACCAACAGAGAGGAAGGAGACACUUUACAUUCAGUGAGUCACAACCUGAGCAGUGAUGGACGCCGGUUUUCUUUGUCAUCGAUUCUUCUGGAGCUGCUGCAGCGAGCUAUGGAAGAAGGUGGAGGCAAUCCAGACAAAUACUCAGAUGAACAAGAACUUGAUUUGAGCUAUUUUUGAUGUGUUCACCACAAGUUUUUUUCUCGUAUUCAUCGAGUUUUGUGUCACUUUUCACUGUAGUAUACUUAAUUAUUU